CAAAUGACCCUUUGCAGCUGCUAGAUUACUCUCAAUAGAAUAUCACUCUUUGGAUAGUCCAGGGGCUUUUAAAAUCAUACUGCAUAUAACAGCAACUAUUGCUUUUUAUCUAUGUAGAACACGCUUAGUUACUAUCAGCAAAUAAAUCUCUUCAUUAUUGAUCAGCUGAGCUGUAGGUUUGAAUGAACUACAUAACCUUUAAAAAUGCUAGGGGCAGAAAGGAGGAUGAAAUGAACAUAAGGUACAAUAAAAUGAGCAAAUAUGAGAGAAAAGAUGCUUGACUAGCCCUAGUAAAAAAGAAACCAGCAGAAACAGGGUUAAUUCUAGCCUUAUAAGGCUGUUCAGCAGCACUUCAACUGCACACAAAUUAGAACAACCCUGGGAAUCUAUAAAGCUUGUUUUAUUGCCAAGGACAUGCAGCAAGAUCUGCAUUUUGCUGCUGUAAACUAUCCUUUAUUUAAGACAUUUUAAAGCAGAAUAGACUUUUAUAUGAUGUUUUUUACUGCUGCAUCAUCAACAGGUGGCAUUCGCUGCAGCUUUACACACCUAAAUGCAAGUUCUCCCGGACACGACUGUUGAAGUUGGCACAUCUAUUAAGCGUGUACCAGAGCAAGAAACAGCCUUCUGUUGACCGGAGGAAAAAUCAGCUCUGCAGAAAUGGAAUUAAGGUCCAAGGAUGUUCAUUGAGUAUUAAAAGAAAACAAAUGGAGCUAAAACUCUACCUUCCAGCCUGCAUGAAGAAACACCGUUGAUGAAAAGCUUUUGUUACAGAGACCCAAGUACCAUAAUGAUCAACAUGUAUAGCAGCAUUUUCUUUCUGACAUGGAUGAGUUUUGACAGAUACAUAGCACUGGCAAAAGUAAUGAGGUCCAACAUAUUUCGCACUAUGCAACACGCUAGAAUAAGCUGUGGUCUCAUAUGGAUGGCAUCUAUUUCUGCAGCACUAGUUCCAUUUACAGCUGUGCAUUUACAACACACCGGAGAGGUCUAUUUUUGUUUUGCAGAUGUAAAAGAAAUCCAAUGGCUAGAAAUAACCUUGGGGUUUAUUAUCCCCUUUGUGAUCAUCGGUCUUUGUUACUCACUAAUUGUUCGAGUUCUUAUAAAAGCCCACAAGCACAGGAGUCUUCGUCUGCGGCGACAGAAGGCUCUUCGAAUGAUUUUUGUUGUUGUCUUGGUUUUCUUUAUCUGCUGGCUACCUGAAAACGUCUUCAUUAGUGUUCAACUUCUUCAAAAGAAAAGCGAGCCUGUGUCUUCAAGCAGCCCAUCCUUCAGACAUGAUUAUCCUUUAACAGGACAUAUUGUGAACCUAGCAGCUUUUUCUAAUAGCUGUUUGAACCCUUUAAUUUACAGUUUUCUAGGGGAAACCUUCAGAGACAAACUGCGACUGUACAUUGAACAGAAAACAAAAAUGUCAACAUUGCAUCGCUUUUGUCAGGCUGCCUUCACAUCUGUCAUUCCUGACAGUAAUGAGCAAUCAGAAGUCUGAUUUAGGAGUAGCUGUAUAAAACAUAUGACUGUGAAGUUGUGCAAACAGUGAACAAAAUGCUUUCUACUAACAGAAAAAAAAAGUGCAUUUGC